GGUAUCUUGGGAAUUUAUAUAUUUAGACACCACGGCGAGCACGCGUUGGAAGCUUCAUUUUUCCUCUUUUUGGUUGUUUGACUCCUUCGUUGAAGACACAACAUCUUGCAGCAGGGGAUGUUUUUGACCGAACCGGACUAUACUGCUUUCAUUUACUGAAACUGGAGCCUCUUCCAUACUCGAUGAUGCCGCCAAGGUCGUAACUUUGAUAUUCGAACAGUCUCUGCCUGUUGCGUUAACAUCACCGCAACAAUGGCAGGCAUUUUCGAUUCCUUCACGACGAACCGUCUCCUCCUCGCCUUCGGUGUCCUAUCUCUCUACGCAGCCAUCAAAGUUGUCCAAUUGAUACUACACGUUUAUCGCUGCCGGCAACGAUGGAGAGACAUUCCUGCCCUUCCCCGUCAUCCGGUCUUGGGUCAUAUUCUUAACAUUGGCGUGCGGCUCGAUCCGUCGCUCAAGCGCCAUCCUGACUAUGGUUUCGUCGAGGUCUGGGACGAGCUGGAUCGUCCUGAAGCAUUUCUGCUGGACAUGGAACCCGCGGCCCCCACGUUUCUGGUCAUCACGCAUCCAAGGGUGGCUGAAAGUCUAGUCCAGCCGUCGCCGCAAUACAAGUACUCUAUCCCAAAAUCCGACACAUUCAAAUUCCUGCGUCCUCUCCUCGGGAAAGAGUCGCUCAUCACGGUCGAAGGUGAAGAGUGGCGUAACCUUCGCCGACGAUUCAACAAGGGUUUCUCCCCGGCUCACUUGCACUCGCUGGACCCUUUGAUCAUUUCCAAGACACGCAUCUUCAUCGACAAACUUCAACGUCUUGCCGAGACAGGCGAGACUUUUGCCCUGAAAGAACCCGCCCAAGACUUGACUACCGACAUCAUUACGGAACUCACCGUCGAGAAGGACUUUCACGCACAGAGUACCCCGGAGGGUCAAGGCCACAAAGGACCAUUGAGCAUGCUGACGGCCUCGCGUAUGCUAUCAGGCCUGUGCUUUAAGAUGGGCCGAGGUUUCAGUCUAUCGCAUUACUUUGAUCCCGUGCGCCCAACCCGUGCAUGGUUUUACGAGCGGAUUUUCAACCGCGAACUAUCUACAGUGGUCAAGCAACAAAUGAUGGCGGAGUCUACGGACGACAAACAAGAACACCAAAAGUCAAUCACUCGACUCGCCAUUUCGGGCAUGACGCCCAGUAAGGCUCUCGUCCAAAACACCGUUUCGCAGAUCAAAUCGUUCCUGUUCGCUGGACAAGAUACGACCGCGACACUGAUCCAAUGGCUGUGCUUUGAAUUGUCGAAAGCGUCUUGGGCGGAUGGUCAUGUGGCGAUCUUGGAGAAAUUGAUCGCCGAGCAUGAUGCCGUGUUCGGCAAAACCGACGACCUCUUCAACGCCCUCGACGUGCUCGGUCAAGAUGAUGAGCAGGGUCGGCACAACGCCGAAGCGAUAUUGGGCAAUAAGUUGCCCUACACUACGGCGUUUAUCAAGGAGACGUUACGCCUGCACCCAGCUGCUUCGACGGCGCGGCGAGUUUCGGAGAUUUCGGCGGAGAACCCGAUGCCCGUGACGGUCACGCUGCGCAGUCGCGACGGUGAUAAGGAGAUCGAGAAGGGAGUUGUCGUCAAUGGUCUCAGGGUGUAUGUCGCGCAGUACCUGGUCCACCGGAAUAAGAGUGUUUGGGGAGAUGAUGCGGAAGUUUUUCGGCCCGAACGCUUUCUCGAUGAGGAGUAUAUGGCGAACUUGCCGACUGGGGCAUUUCGACCUUUUGAGCGUGGGCCUAGAAAUUGUAUCGGUCAGGAACUUGCUAUGCUGGAGGCCAAGGUUGUCAUGUGUGCGGUUGCGAGGGGUUUCAAGUGGGAGAAGAUGGGAUAUUCGGGAAAGAAAGGGGAGGUAGGGUAUAUUGCUAAAGGUGAUGGGACGGAUGAUCCGGAGUGUGAGGUCUGGAGUGUGAGUAGUGUUACUGCUGUGCCGCUGGAUGGGAUGAUGAUGAAAGUGGAGAGACGGUGAUGCGAGUGUUUCAGAAAAGGGUACUGCAUGCUAAAGGGAUGGAAUGAAAGACUAGCCAUCACGAGAUCUAUGGAGAC